AUGCAUGUGUGCUUAGAGAAGUUCCUGGAACUGGCAUUGAGAUGUGUUAACGAUUCAUCAGUCGACAGGCCUAAAAUGGGUGACGUGGUGAGGGAGAUCGAGAACAUCAUUGGAUUGGCUAGUUCAAACCUCAAUUCCGAACCCACUUUCACUUCUUCGAGUUUUGAUGGGGAAACCGAUGGGAACACAAGCCAUUUUUAUGGAAGUGAGGUCUCCGUUGAUCAUAGCAGAAGCUUUGUACCGUUUCACAUGGAGCAUCAGAGAGGAAGAGCUCCGCGAUAA